CUUUCCAGCCUCAGAAGUUAUUGCUUGCUUGGCGUAGCUUGGAGCUGUAGAGCUGUCACUCUAAGAGAGCUGAUAACCAUCCAAAGCUGAUAACACUGUAGAGCUGUACACUAACCAUGCCGGAGUUGUCCUCAAAGGGCACUACCAUUUCCAAGAAGGGAUUCAAGAAGGCAGUUACCAAAACUCAGAAGAAGGAGGGGAAGAAGCGCAAAAGGUGCCGCAAAGAAAGUUAUUCCAUUUAUAUUUACAAGGUGUUGAAGCAGGUACAUCCAGAUACUGGAAUCUCUUCAAAAGCCAUGAGCAUCAUGAAUUCCUUCGUUACUGACAUCUUUGAGCGCAUUGCAGGGGAGGCGUCGCGCUUGGCUCAUUACAACAAGCGCUCCACUAUCACUUCCAGGGAGAUCCAGACAGCCGUGCGCCUAUUGCUGCCUGGAGAGCUGGCCAAGCACGCAGUGUCUGAAGGCACCAAGGCCGUUACGAAGUACACGAGCUCCAAGUAAACUUGCCAAGUUAGCUUUAAUAACCCAAAGGCUCUUUUCAGAGCCACUCACACAAACAUAAAAGAGCUGUGGGCUGACGAUGAGAAAUUUAGUUUGCAGUUGAGGGUUGCAAAUUUCCUGACCCUUUUUUUGAAUAUGUGCUGUAACUUACAUAGUAAAGGCUGAAAGUAUCAGGAUUGUCAAUAAGUUGAGCUUCUAGGAGCCUUAAGGCUGGUAUACCAGCGUAUUUGCAGGUCGCUGGGAUUUGGAGCCCCGAAACGUGGGUUUUCCUGGUUUUAGGUUUGUGUUUACGGCAUGUUGACAGUAAUGUGGAGAUACAUGGGAACCUGCAAUCUGGCCAACCAAUCAAAUGGGAAACACGAUUUACUUUUUUGUUCCCUUAAAAAUUUUAGCAAGAUCGCUUUUUUUAAAAAAAGGUUAUUAGAAGUGGUUAUAUUCUGUAUUGGAGCAGGUAAGCAUCAGAGUAUUCAGUGGUAGCACUUUGAAUUGAGCCAACUUGAGAGAUCAAAUUACUUCAGGAAACGUGGUUAGCUGCAAUCUUUCAUUAAUUACUGUUUUU